CUCGUGCGCGGACCAACCAGCGUGCCGGCCUCGCGCCCUGCCUCCCCGCGCCGCGCCGACUUUCUUGUCUGGCGCCACGAGAGGUUCGUCGUCAGUCUCAUAAGAGAGCCGCGAACCCUGUACCUGAUCCCGAAGUGAGGAACCUCCCUUGGCUUCCGUUGGGUCUUCCCCCCAGCGUCUCCGGCCGUGACCCAAGGAGGCGUGGCAUCAGGGAGGCUUGACCCCGAGGGAGGCGUCACGUGACCCGGUUCCUCCAGCCAGGCAGGACUUGGUUGUCGGUGUGUAUGUGUGCGUCUGUGUGUCCGUGUGUGUUUUAGGACUCAGCCCGACGUGGAGGCAGUGAACUCUUGAACGGAGGACGUAGAAAAGAGAAAGAGAGAGAGAGAAGAAAAACAAAAACAAAAAAACAAAAACAAAACAAAGAUUUGAUUUUGGAUUUAGUGUAAAUUAGAAAUAGAUCUUUAAGAAUUAAGAUAGAUAAAGGAUGUUCAGUGAUCAUACGUGACCCCAGAAAAAAACAAAAAAACAAAAAAACAAAACAAAAAAUCAGAAGUGAAAGAAUUGUUAAAAAAAAAAAAUCUUACCGAAUCUCAAGUGAACGCAACCCAAAGGAAAAAAAAUAACUUAAUGGCGACCGAACAUCAGUGAAAAAAGCAUUCCUUGGAAAGACACUGAAGGGAGAAAGAUUCCCUCAACAUCUGCUGAAAGAAAUUUGGAAAAAAAAACCCCGCCAAGAUGCCUGGCCUGGACGCCCUUAUUGCCCUCAAGGAUCGGGCUAAGGAGGUGAAGCAGGUGCUGGUUAGAGUGUUCGGAACGGCCAUCGCAACUUCGUCUCUCCUAAACAUGCUUAUCCCGGGCGCCUCCAGACUCCACCCCGUCGCCGUUAUCUCCGUCAGGGUGCUCCAGGGGCUUGUCGAGGGCGUCACGUACCCGGCCUGCCACGGCAUCUGGAGGAACUGGGCACCGCCUCUGGAGCGCUCUCGCCUCGCCACCCUGGCCUUCUGCGGGAGUUACGCCGGGGCAGUGCUGGGGAUGCCGCUUUCCGCCUGGCUCACGCAGGGCAUUGGGUGGCCGGCGCCCUUCUAUGUCUAUGGUAUGGUAGGCAUAGGCUGGUACGUGUUCUGGUACUGGUUAGCGUUCGAGAAGCCAGCGACCCAUCCAACGAUAACAGCAAGGGAACAGGUUUACAUCGAAGAGAGCCUCGGAAAACAGCAAGCAUCGCAGCCCACCUUCGCCACGACCCCCUGGCUAGCCUUCGCGACCUCCCUGCCGGUGUGGGCGAUCAUUGUGGCCAACAUCGCUAGGUCGUGGACGUUCUACCUGCUCAUCAUCUCGCAGCCGACGUACUUCAAGGAGGUGUUCAAGUACGACAUCGCUAAGAGCGGCACCGUGUCCGCCCUGCCCCAUCUGGUGAUGACGAUCGUGGUGCCCUUCGGAGGGCAGCUGGCCGACUACUUCCGAAAGAACAACAUCCUGUCGACGACCAACGUGCGGAAGGUCUUCAACUGCGGCGGCUUCGGGAUGGAGGCCGUGUUCCUCCUCGUCGUCGCCUUCACGAGGGACACGACCAUCGCCAUCACUUCGCUCACUCUGGCCGUGGGCUUCUCGGGCUUCGCUAUAUCGGGCUUCAACGUGAACCACCUGGACAUCGCCCCCCGCUACGCCUCCAUCCUCAUGGGCAUCUCCAACGGCUUCGGCACACUCAGCGGCAUGAUCUGCCCCAUCAUCGUCGAGGAGUUCACCAAGCACUCGGUGAGUAGGCCUCCGGGGGCAUCCCGCCGCGCCGACGACCUAAGUCCUGCGGCUCUCCCGACGGCACGUUCGGCGGCCGUCGGGCGCGGGGCCUAG